AUGUCAAGGAAACCAGGAAAUAGUACAAGACGAUUUCCACGUGGUGGUAGUGCAACAUUGGGAGGAACAUUUCAUACGAAAUCACGCACAUCUACUCUAUUUCCCUUUACCAUUUCAUUGCUAGGGGCUUUUCUUUUCGUUGUCUAUUUUUAUAGGACCUCUUGGAAUAUGAGUAAAUCUAUAGGCAUAAAAGAUGUUAGCAAGAUUGAGGGUGAUUUUGGGUGCACAGUUGAUGUUCAAAGAGCAAUACCUGUUCUAAAGAAAACCUACGGUGACAGCAUGCAGAAAGUAUUGCAUGUGGGACCUGAUACUUGCUCGGUGGUAUCACGAUUGUUGAAACAACCUGAAACUGAAGCAUGGGGAGUGGAACCGUAUGACAUAGAGGAAGCAGACAUGGGUUGCAGAAGUCUUGUACACAAGGGUUAUGUACGUGUAGCCGACAUCAAGUUCCCAUUGCCGUAUAGAGCCAAGUCAUUUUCUCUUGUAAUAGUUUCGGAUGCAGUUGAUUACCUAUCUACCAAAUAUCUCAACAAGACCAUUCCGGAUUUAGCAAGAAUAUCAGCUCAAAAUCUUGUUAUAUUCACUGGGUAUCCAGUUCACAAAAAGGCUAAAGUUCAACAACCAUCAAAAUUUGGACGACCGGGUAAGACGCGGAGCAAGACUUGGUGGGCCCGGUUUUUUGUCCAAACAAGUCUUGAGAAAAAUGAAACAGCCUUAAAGAAAUUCGAGCAGGCUGCUUAUGAGGUUUCAUACAAACCAAGAUGCCAAGUUUUCCACUUGAAGUCGAAUCAUUGA